AUGGCGCGAGUUGGAUUCAGCUGCGUUGCCAUCUUGGCACAAAGGAGGGGGCUCUCUGCGGCGAUAACCGUCGCGGAAGAAUCUGCGAAGAAGGUCGAGGAGAAGGCGGUGAAGCUCGGCACGGUGGCGAAGGAUGCUGUCACCGCGAUGUCGACCACGACGGAGGAGAAGACGGCGUUCUGGGAGCCGGACCCCGAGACCGGGUACUACCGGCCGGUGACCGGCACCAAGGAGGUGGACGCGGCCGACCUGCGUGCAGAGAUGCUGAAACAGAGGAUGCUACAAGACUGA